AUGCCGUCCGGAUCGACGACGGACGGUUGUCGCACGCGAUUUUUCUUCGAGCCCCGUCGUAAUAACAGUAAUAAUAACAGUAUCACAAUUUAUACCGUAUGUGCUGCACUACCGCUGAGCCAAUAGUUCUACAGACGUUUAUUAAUAAUGCAGUGAUAGUGUACGGUAAUACCGCGUGACGUCUGGGCGCGUGUGCGGCGGUCGCGCGCACGCGAUCGUGUGCUUAAUAAUUUCGAAAUUUGAAAAAAAAAAAAAGAAAUCCUUCGAACGCGUUUUUUUUCCCCCACAAUUGACGCUCGUCCGUCGUCCGGUUCCGGUCGUCCGAUAUCCGACGCUACAACAACAAUACCCGCCUAAUAACAUAAUAGUAUACACAGUAGGUGUCUCGUUACCAUAACGAUAAUAACAAUAAAAAAAAAAAAAAAUUGUAAUUAUUUUAGUUUUUUUUUUUUUUUAACGAAUGCUAUUAUCGUUAUACCUGCUCGUCUAAAAUCAUUUCGUGUUCAUAGCUUAUCACUCGCUUACUUGCUUAGUGCAUACUAAUAUUAUUAUUGUUUCGCUGUGCAGGUGGUGAAUCAUGUGGGCAGAAUGAGCCGGGGCCGAAGAAAACUGUUGACGUACGGGCUGAUCGUCGGCACGUUCCUGCUGUUGGCGUACAAGCUGCGCACGUGUCCGGACCCCGAGCCCCAGACCGUGUUCAUGAUGCCGAAAGACGUAAGUGCGGACCCGCGUUUUUAGAAUUCAACGCACCGUCGACACCGCUAUAAUCGUCGAAUUAUGAAAUGACAAAAAAAAAGAAAAAAAAAACCCCCGAUGAUACGGUCGGCAAAACACGCUAAAAACGCUUAAAAUCUCCCGUCCCUUUCCCCCGGAAAAAAAUAAAUCGAAAUUCAAUUGAAAUUUUAAAGCGAAAAUAACAGGCUCAAUUGAAACUCCUGCUUCACGGUGUCUCAGUGCCUGCGCACAGUGUAUGCGAAUAGAUAUUUUGGAAAUACACAAAAUGCGCGUAUAGUUGUGUAGAUAAACCGCUGUAUUUUAUAAUUUUUGUAAUAACGUUCAUAAACAUUUCGUUGUAGCGUUAACAGAAGGAAGUGGAAUGGAAAAUAACAACGUACGUAUAUGCGUCACUGUUAUACAGCGCCUAUCCGAGAUACUUAAAAAUGUAUAAUAUACCUAUAAAACAGGGCGGUUCAACUAUCGAGAAUCGACGGUUAUCGGCCGUACGAAAAUGUCAUAGUACAUUUGAAUUUUGGUUUGUUUUUUCAGGCGCGUUCAAUAAUAAUUUACGUAAACGUUAACCAUACUAUUUUUAACAUGUUCCGUAUGGAAUAAAAAUGUGCGGCGGUAGUAAAUUAUUUUCGAUUAUGUUUUUCUACCAGAAGUUUUUCUGCGAAUUUUUUACGAUUUUUUCCGGAAGACAAUUUUCUUGUCUUGCUGUUCCACCGGGAGAUCAUUAUAUUUCGUUUUGUUUUGUUUUUUUUUUUUUUUUUUUUAUUUGGUUUUUUGUAGAAAAAAUUGUUUCGUAAUUAUUAAAAUAAUAAGAAUAUUAUUUAAAAUUAUUUGAAAUAUUUUAGUCACAUUUUGCCGAACGUGUCUUUCGGAAAAUCAUCAGUUUACUUUCUUUUUAAUAAAUUCACGUCGUAUGCAAAUUUUUUGAGCAAAGGGGAUAUUUAUUAUUUUUUUUUUUUUUUUUUUUAUAAUAAUUCACCGAAAUUCCUUUCGUCUGGAACAAGUCGUCAGCUAUUGUCAGAGAGUUCAACCGCGGUUUUUAUUUUUAAUAAUAUUUUACCUUUUUUUUAUUUUUCUUUUAUGUUCGCCCCUUCAAAUAAAAUCGAUUGCGGCACCUUUAUACUCCAGGUAAACGACAGCGGAAUAAUAAACGAAAAAAUAACCGUGUUACCGAUAUCUUAACAAUAUAUUUUCUUUUCUUUUUUUAUAUGCCAAUUUAAGAAUAAUAACGUAUAUUAUUAAUAUUCAGUAAGGUUUUUUGCGCUCGCGCACAAACCGAAAAACAAUAAUUAAUAACAACCGUUACUGUAUCGACUUUACGUCAGAGGUAGGUUUAUCGAAUAGAAAUUGUUUAUGUUUGUUUUACCUUAAAAAAUUUGCGAUUGACAGUGUCAUUCGGCAUCUUUGUUUUUCCAACUGGCAAUAUAGUGACAAUGUAAUAUGUGUUCGCAAACGAAAAAGCCUUUAAAAUCGCCUUAAGAGCUGAAACGCCUAUCAUAAAAUUAAUUGUAGAUAACGACAUUUUUAUGGAACUACCGCGUCGACGUUUUCUCUGAUUAUGCCGCUCCUUAUCGAAGAUACAAAAUAUCAUACGUAUCGUAUUUUAUAAUAUUUAUUUUAGAUAAAACCAAACUAUUUUUUAUGACUUUGUAUUAAGUAAUUUUUCUAAAAACGCCGAUGAUAUCGUUUUCAAAUUGUUGUCACCUAGACAUUUUAAAACAGAUUCACGUUUGUUUUCUGUGAAAACGAUUUUUGCUAUAUACUGCCCGUUUACACUUUUGUCGGUUAUUCGAAAUGCUCCGAUCUUUUGAUGACGUAACGAUGCAGAUUUGUCUCCCGGUGUUACUUUAUAUGAACAAUUGUAAUGUCUGUUCCGUCACUGUUUUACAUAAAAAUUGAAAAACCGACAACAAAUGAUGUUAAUUCGGUUUUAUUUUUAGGAAUUUCUAGUUUGAUUGCCUUUGGCUACAACAAUAACUACGGUGGAAAAAAUCACGGUUAAUAAUAAUUAAUAACCUUGUCAAUUUGCCGAUCUCGGUGCAGAAUCGUUUUUCGAUUGCAAUGAAUUAUCGUUAAUUUCAGUAACGUACAAAUUCAAUUACUCGUCAAUCUUUUUUUUCCAGCACUUUCCGAAAUUUCCACCAUGCAACAUACAGUGACCUACCCUUAAGGUGUGAAGUAUGUCUUUUUUUUUUUUAAUUAUAGUUUCUCAUAUUAUACUCGUUCUAUAUACAAACCGUAUCGAGAUUGUAUUCUAUUUAUUUAUGUCAUUGUAGAACUAAUAUUCAUCAUAUUUGUAUGAUAUAAUUAGUAACUACCUGUAUAAACUAUGUAUUCUUCUAUCGAUCUCGACUAAAAAAGAAAACUCGUUUACUACACGUGCAACUACUAGUCAAAAGUUUUAAUCAUGAGCAAGCCACCUAGCCAUGUAUAAUUAUAAUGAUAGAGAUCACAUCGUCAUGACGUUCGCGACCUAAAUAAUAACACUAUUUUAUAGAUUUGUUUUUUGCCCUCUUAUAUUACAUACUUAAAACAUAAUCAUAAAUUCGUAUUUAUUAGAUACCGGUGGAUAUAGAUUGUUUAUUAAAUGCGUUCUCCGAUGUACUAAUAUAUUAUGUAUUUAUUUUUCCGUAUUGAAAUUCACGAUAUUUUUUUUUUAUUAUUUCUAACUGAAAUGUCUUUUUGUUCGAUACCCUAUACAUGCUUAGUUGUUCUACAGUUAUUUUUAUUACAAUACAUAACGUAAUAAUAUAACAUUAUUACCGAUAAUCAUAAGGCUGCAGUGUGUGGAUUCCAUAAAUUUUGACUUAUAAGCCGUGUUGCAGUAAUACGGUAUGACGCCGCACGAGAACAAGCCGCCGGGUUAAAAAAAUAAAUAAAUUCCGUUUAAAGAUAAAAACAAAAAAAAAAAAAAACACGAUAAGAAAAACUUUUAAUAUUAUUAAAAACCGUAUCCAUAUAGGUAUCGGGCUGGUAUAUGUACGGUAAGUGUAAGUACCACACAUCUGUAACAUAUUUAAAUUUUCCCGAAAGUAAUAAAAUAUUAUUAUAGCUUGCGGCGGCGGGGGUAAUGACGGAAUAACAAUCUACGUAUUAUAAUCUCUGGUGUCUAAUAAAUAUGUAUGUGUAUAAUACAAAAUACUAUUACUUGCUAAUAAAUUCGUUAAAUACUUGUAAUAUUAAAAAAUAAAAAAAAAAAAAAAAACACCCGUGAGCAAAGUAAAGAUCCGUCACUAAAGUCGCAUUCUUCCUCCUCCCCGCCUAUUUUCUAUUUUAGAAACAUUCUUUCUGAAACAAUAAAUAACCGAAUACCUAUGCUAUAAUUAUACGAUUCUAUCUUAUACUACGGCUGUAUAAGAACUAAAAAAUAAAAAAUAAUAAGACAUUGAUCAUAAAAAUGGUAUUGGUAUAGCAUGAAAGUUAAUACCCCCUACAUUUCCAACGACCUUCAUGUAUCUAUAGAAGUGUUCAAAAAAAUAACGAAAUUCAUUGUGAAAUUCAACUCAACCUAUAAAAUAACUAUAAUUUCCGAGGUUUAACUCUUUUUGGCCCAGAAAGAGCUCAGCAAACUGCGCACCGUGGUCAAGCCACUGACUAUUAUAAGUGGAUAAUUAAAAAGGUUGGAUAAUAUACGAUUUAUUAUAAUAAUAAUAGGAGAAAUUUAAUUACUGAAAAACGAUUCUGGCCAGAGUAGUAUUUAAUCGUGUUUUUUUUUAUCUCCCGUUACCAAAGUAACACUACAGUAGUCAACAAAAAUCGAAAACGCCAAAAUUAAAGGAUGUAGGAAGCGAACUGUUGAAAAUGUCGAUAAAUGUUUCGUAUAACACUGCUAUCGGCCGAAAAUUCCGCAUCUUUUGAGGUAUGUCAUGAUUAAAUCUGAGCAUUUUUUAAUAACUCGAGUUUUGUGGAAAAAAAAAAAGCUGUUCCGAUAAACUAAAAACCUAAAACAUCAUGUAAGAAAUAAAUAUUAGUUUUUUUUUCACGAAAAUUCCAUAUAAAUCUAUAUAUAUUUGUGUAUAUACGUUAUUAAAAAGGGCAAAAAAACACCCCUCACACAAACGGGAAUGGCUGUGAUAUCAAUAACUGUCAAAUCGCAUUUUAUAAUCAUGGCUUAUAUACCUUACAGCAUUGGUGGUUUUUUUCUAUCAUAAUUUUUUUUUUUUAGAUUCUAACGUACCAAAGAAUUUAUUGGUUUUUCUGUGGUGUGUGUGUUUUUAUUUCUGUUUUUUAAUAACUUUUAUUGCUCUGACCAUCAAAUUUAAAAAUAUAAUUUCUGGUAUCAGAUUUUGUCUAGUUGAUGCAUUGAGGAAGUUAUUUUUUGAUUUUCCUUGUAGUUUUGUUAAUUGUUUUGUAAUUCGGUUAAAAAAAGUUAUAGUUAUAGGUAUAGACCUGAAAUAUUCACCGAAUACUUCUUCAUUAUCUCGAAUAUCCUUUCUAGACGUGAUAAGAUUCUGGGGAUUUGUGAAUCAUCUAUCUGUAUAUUAAAAUUUUAAAAAAAAUUAUCAAUUUUUUUUAGUUUCUAUUUCGUUGUGUGUGGACAAAACUGUUUUGGCCUUGCAGAAAAAAAUUUUAAGAAUUUUACACGAAGUGGUUAAAAAAAAAAAGCUGUCAUAGGAUAAUGGGUACGGGUGCAGCCACUGUUAUAGAUAAUUAAAUGUUUAUCUGUAAGCAACGAAAAAACGAUUCUUAAUGGAGCUCGGUUGAUAGAGUUGCUUUGUCGAAAAUAUAUAAUAUGUCAUAUUAUGGUAAAAUAAUUACAUAUUUCUUUAAUAAUAAUUGUUUAAUAUUAUAUCUAUUUUCCCGUUUUUCCCAAUUAUUGAGAAAACUCCUGGCGAAAUCAAAAACUAACCUCCCUAAAGUACCUCCCCAGUCAGAUUUCCUUUCAGAAAAAGUGCUAUCAUUGUAAAUCGAAGCAAAAUUACUGGUAGAAAUGUUGUACACAGAAAAAUAAAUAAAUAAACAUCAUUGUAAAACCAAUAUAUUCCUCGCUCUGCUAACAAUUUAAAAAAGCUGACUGUAACUAGGUAACAAUUUUUUAUUAGCGUUUGAUAUUAAAAUUAAAAACAGCUGUGACAUUUGAAAAAAUAUUUAUCCGAACUUUGCUCAGAAUCAUUUUUCGUUGGCAAAUAUAUUUCGUUGCGCAAUAUGUCCUAUGUAUCGUAACUUCCCAAUUUUUUCCACCUACAAAAACUUAUAUACAUAUUUUUUUCUUUUCUUGGCGUGUACCGCAAAUGUAUAACCGGACGUCGGUGUUAGUUAUAAUAAUGGUCAUAACGAUAAAUAAUGAAUAAAUUCUAGUGUAGUUUAUAAUUUUUAUAGUUAUGUGUAUAAUAUGGCGUCGUAUUUUAUUGCAACGUUGUCGUAUAUUUUUGAAAAAUGUUAUUCAGACGCAUAAUACGAAAAUCCUUUUUUAGAUAGAAUACUAGUCCCGGUUAAACAUUUAAACCAGAAAUUGAUUAAUCACGCUAGAUUCAUAUUUUUUUUUUAAUUUUUUUUAUGAUAAAUCGUUUAAAAAAUGUCCUUCUAUAGCUGACAGCGUAGUGUUUGUUUCGUUUGACGUUCGGAUUUCCGUUUUUUCUUUGCGUAUAAUAUUUUAAAUCAUAAUGCGAAAUGUGGUCCGUCCCGUAGUAUAUCUAAAUUUGUUCGUUCUGAGGGCCAGAGGGUUAGUUUAAAUAUUUACACAUUUGUUUUGCAAAACGGUUUGUGAAACGUUCGACUAUUUGUUCGGCCACUUAAUCUCUCACUCGAUCUCCCCGCCCGUCUGAUCUCGUAUAAAUUGAACACCGUGUAAUAUACUGUAUAAUAUUUUAUUCUCCUCGAAUCUUCAUCAGUUUUUAGUGACCAUUGAGCCUCUCUAACGUUUCUCUGUUUUAGAACGUCCUCGUAUGAUUUUCCUCUUCAUGAUUAUAUAUUAUCUUAACUAAAUAUAAAGAGUUUAUUUUAUUUAUUUAUUUUUUUUUUUUUUUUUUUUUUUUUUUUUUUGUUACCACACCUUUGAUUUAAUAUCCUCGGUUUUUGAUGUAUAAUAAUAUAAUGUUUGAAUCGUGUUUCGAAAAAUGUUCAUUGUGUUUAUAGUUUAAAUUGGGAUUUACGGUACGAUAAUCCGAUGAUAAAAUGAUAUCAUGUUAUUUAGAAUAAUAAUAUAAUUUCAAAUACAUCAUUUUCAUACAAUAGUCAUAGUAAUAAUGAUUUCCACGUUCGUUUUUCGUUUGGUCAAUGAACACGAAUCGCUGUUGUCAGACAAAACGUUGUUAAACAAAAUCAUACACACAAUCCAACACAAAAAUCUCCCGGUUAAUGAUGUAUGCGGAUAUAUUUUUUUUUUAUUUUAUUACCAUUACUAUUCUGCAGUCUUUUUUUUUUUAAUGUUAGCGUGUAUAAAAAUAUAUAUUAUUUAAGAAUCGUUAAAAUAUUGAAAAUAUUCAUCAUUUGGGAAAUCGCCGCAUUAAAAAGGUUGAUAAACACUGUAGGUCUAGUCGACGACGCAUACCUUAUGAACUUACGUAGAAAAGGACGAGCAUAGAUGGGGAAAGAGGGACGAAGGGGCAGCUUACUAUUCUAUUAACUUACCAGCGUCGUGUAAAUUAAAAUAUUUUUUUUUUUAUUAUACGAUCGGCCAAAUCGGUAAAGUCGAAUGAGGAAGAAUAAAAGGGUUUUUUUUUUUUUUUUAUGUAAAACCAAUCGGCCAAACGCGCCCGCUUACUGUGCUCCCUAUAAAAAAUAACUACGAUACGCACUUGCAUGUAUACCGAGUGCAGUGUUUAAUAUAAAAUGUUUGUAUAUAAAUAACAUAACUAACGUCGUGUCGUGUUUUUCUUCCAGAAAUUUGUUACCGACGAGAACAUGAAGAUCUACACUUACGAUCGAAACAUGCCGUUAAUAUUCAUCGGCGGCGUGCCCAGAUCCGGGACCACGCUCAUGCGAGCCAUGUUAGACGCCCACCCAGACGUCCGGUAAGUCGACUUUUACCAUCGAUGAUGAAUCUAGUUUUUCGUUUCGGGGGGAGGUCAGGUGCACAUCCCUCCGCGUGCGCCGCAUGAUGUUCCAUAUUUAUAUCACAAAUUAUCUAUUGUCUAUAACUGUUUAAUUCUGAUUACGAGAGUAAAAUCGUCUUUUCGAAUAUUUAAAUGGUUUGUCCCGAAAUCGACCUAAUGACGGACAUUGGCGGGAGGCCCGACGUUUUUCAUAUUAAUCAUUUUCCCUCGACUACCUCCCCGCAUUAAAUCCGCCGCUGUGCGCCAUCGAUAUAAUAUAAUGUAAUGUGUAACAGCCGUUUUACGAUACGUUUAUCAACACCUUAAUUAACCUAAUCUCUGCGGUGCCGCUACUAUGCGCAGGUGCGGCCAGGAGACCCGGGUGGUGCCGAGAAUCUUGCAAAUGCGCAACCACUGGUACAAGUCGACCAAAGAGUCGCUGCGACUCAAAGAAGCCGGCGUCUCCGAAGAAGUAAUCAACUCGGCGGUCGCUUCGUUCAUCCUCGAAGUGAUCGCCCGGCACGGAGUCCCGGCUCCCCGGCUGUGCAACAAGGACCCGCUGGCACUCAAGUCCAUGGACUAUCUGAAAGUUUUAUUCCCGAACGCCAAAUACAUAUUCAUGGUGCGCGACGGCCGGGCCACCGUCCAUUCGAUUAUAUCGCGGAGAGUGAGUAUAAUUUAUAAUAUAUAUAUAUAGGACUGUGUUAAGGCGCAGAUAAGUAGUAUUUAUCUAGAUAAAGAUUAUUUUUCCAAUAUCACCUACACAAAAAUAACAAAUGAUUUUAUUAAUUUCAGAUAAUAAAAUAAAUAAGUAGAAUUUAUCUAGAUAAAAAAGAGAUUAUAGGUUUUUUUUUUCUUUUGAAUUUUUACAUUUUUAAUAACACAUUUUAUAAUUCACCGGCAGGUCACGGUUUUUUCCCUCGUAGCAAAACAACUUAAAAAUAAAUUAUAUUGUAUCGUGAAAAUCAGAAUAACGACAAAUUACGGUAAUGGAACAUUUUCGAGCUAUUUAUUUGAUAAACUGUUCAAUCAAGAAAAAUGCCUAAAAAGCACAUACUUUCCGAGAUAAUGAGUGUCUUAUCGAGGAUUGAUUACACUAUAAAUAUUUUUAUACGGAACCACAUGACUCGUCUAUAAUAAAUAAGGAGGUGGCAGGUAAUUAAUUUUUGUAGUGCAUAUUUGGGAUUUUGUAGUGCUCAAAAUGUGUCGUAGUGCACACAAAAAUAGUCUCUGCACUGCGUGCCAUAGAUUUUGUCCAAAACCUAUGUAUCGUAGUUUUUCCUCUAUUAUUAAAAAAAAUAAGUACAUACCUAUUACCUACUUGGCAUUUUAAAGAUGAUUUCCCAAUAGUGCACCAAUUAUAGGAAAACAAUAAAAAAUGUCGGGCACCAUAAACAUAUCCUAAAUAUUUCAUAAAAAUCGACGCUUUGGUAAUUCAUUUCUUUCAUAGGUACGCUAGUUUAAAAAAAAAAUUAUUAAUGAUAUCUUAAUUCAAAGAGCAAUAACAGUUAUUGUAAAACAAUACCAUUACUCUGGAUGUGAACGAAUAUGCGAUGUUUAAAAUAAAAUAUGAACGCCAAUAAAAGCCUUAUUGCAGCAGAACAAUAAUUCGAAACUUGAUAAACUUUAAUAAUUAAACUUUACGAAUAAAUCAAACGAUUUAAAAGUUUAUUUACGAGACGGGUUUAUAAAUUAUUAUUUUAUAAUGGUUAUAAUAUAUAUAUAUAUAUACACAAUGUAUACAUUUAUUUUUAUUCUUUCGAUUUUUUCAUUUUCGUUUUACCAUCACUGAUAUCUAUAACUGUCUUAAAGUCUUCGCCGCCAUCACUUUUUAAUAUUCCCAGAGUUUAAGAUCUUCUUUUGCUACAUUCACCUACCCCUCAAGAACAAUUCUUGAGUUAGUUACUUUUGUUACAUUUGUCUUAUAUAAUGUAUUAUAAGCUGAUUCACAAUGUCAUGUUCCACACUCUGUUCUCAUCGAUUGUUUUCCUCCUAUCUGUCGCGGUUUUCGUUGUACAUACCUCAUAUCCACACGUGAUAGAUUAGAUAUUAUAAUUAUUGUAGACAAAAUCUAAAUUUUGUUUUCCCUGAUAAGUUCCGAAAAUUAUAGGAGUGUGAUUAAUGUGAUGUUCGUUAGUCAUCGUAAUGUAGGUCAGGUACGAUAAUAAUUAAAUUUAAUAAUACACACAGUCGUUUGUUUCGACGCGAAGGUGGGUGUUUAACGAGCAUCUCGGUUUGAUAAGGGUCGCCGUCAAAACAUCGCAAAGUCCACUCGGAUUGACGUCAAGUGCGACACGUUUUCCGUUCAAAAAGAUACUAUAUUAAUAUACUUGGAUCGCAUAAUAAUACCGUGUACAAUUUUCGCACUGGGAACGUAAUAAUUUAUGCAGCGAUUUAUAAUUUAUAAAUAUACUAACUGUAUUAUCCGUGACCAUCCGUGCGCAAUUUACGUGUCUUUACAGUCUUGUAUAUAUACACACCAUACAUUUUGGUCCAAAUUAGUACCUACCGAGAAUCUCCUAUCGUGAAACAUCGAAAUGACCUUCCCGAGGAACAUCGCAUUUUGGUCAACAAUAGAUAAUAUUAUAUAUACAUGUAUAUAUGUAUGAAUUAAUUUAGAACCAUUUCUCGUAGGUCGAGUUAUAAUAAUAUUUGAUUAGUUUUUCGGGGUUGAUAGUUAUGAUAGAGGUGGUAGUCCUCCUCAUCGUUGAGUUUUAUCUAUAAGCGCAAAAACAGUAACUCUUAGACCUAAGUUAAAACCCCAAAAAUAAUUUAUACAUUUUUGUAAAAAUUGGGGUAGGCUUUUAUCUCCUAUUUUGCCCCUUUAAUGGUGAGUUUUUCAAAAACCCCGGUACUCGAGUUUCUUAAUUCUUAACCAAAAGUUUAAAUAUAAUUUUUUAUACAUUUUGCAUAAAACAUUGCGAAUUUUCAUUCAGACUUUAAUCCCCUAUUUUAAAAAAUUAAUUUUUAGCGGAUGCCUAACGUCAUAAUAUUUAGCUAUCUGUAUGCUGAAUUUCGGUCUGAUCUGUCCAGUGGUAUGAGCUAUGCGUUGAUAGAUCAGUCAAUUAGUUUAUCCUUUUAUAUGUAUAGAUUAUAGGAACUUUAAUUGUAGACAUAUAUUUAACUACAACUACAGGCUGUAAUAGAUAUCCUAAGACUUAUAUUAUCGUAUUGUUCCGUCUCUAAAACCGCUGGAGAAGAAAAUGUAACACAGUGCAUAAUUAGUCACACUGGUUACGGACCGAUUGUGGCUCAUAACCACUGUAUAAUUACGAACUCGUUGUCCAUUCGGUCCGAUUCAAUAUUAUACUUUUGUUUCAAUAUGACGUACUGCGGUUACUGAGGCGGUUUUUUAAUCACUAUUAGAAAAGUAUACAAUAAGAACAGAAAAAAUUAAUAAAUCAUAAUAGACCCGAAUUGUGAAUUUCAAAAUUCACUGUCGGAAAUUCGAAAUAUUCGAAUUUUUUGGGAAAUUAGUUUACAUCACUGGAUUUAAAUCACAUCCCGUAACCUAAGUAUCAUUUUGAACAAUAGUUCAAGUAUAAAGGCUCGUUUAAACCAAGGCGGAAGUUGCAGUGAAUUUUUGGCGGUAUUUAAGCGAUAUUAAAUACCGUACAACUGAACUAACUAGAGCAAAAUAUUGCAACUUAAAUCGGGCGAAAAAACACAUUUUUUUAUACUUAUAUGUUGUGUGAAAACAAAAGCAACUGACCAAAUUUGAACAAAUGCACUACAAUAAAUUUUACCACUUUAAGUGAAAUUUAUUGUAACAAUAAUUUUAGAAGUAUCUAAUGAUUACAUUUUUAUAAUAACGAAUUUUUUUUUAUAAAACAAAAAAGCUUACCUUUUUUACAUUUUUACCGUUUUAUUUUCAGGUAACAAUUACCGGUUUCGACCUAACCAGCUACAGGCAGUGUCUGGAGAAAUGGAACGACGCCAUCACUGUCAUGUACAAAAACUGCCAAAAAGUCGGCUCCGAAUAUUGUCUGAUGGUGUACUACGAGCAGCUGGUGUUAAGACCACGGGCCACGCUUACAGAAAUAUUAAACUUUCUGAACAUACCGUGGAACGAGACGGUUCUCCAUCACAACGAGAUGAUCAACAAACCUGGAGGAAUAGCGUUGUCCAUGUAAACAUUGUUUUCACAUACUAUUAUAAAUUGAGGAAAACCUCGCCAAUUUCAAAUAGCUAUAAAUAACUCAAAACCAACCAAAAUACUUUGGUAACUAUUUCACGAUUAAAACAAAUUAACUAAAUAAGUAUUUGAUGAGAAAGUCGGGGCACUACUACGGUUAUUUUUCACCGAAUUAUUUUUCCCGUUACCAUACCAAAAGAUUAUCAUUACCUUCUACCAAAAACCCUCACGGAUAUUGAUAAAAUAUGUUGUCGAAAGGUCAAAAAUAGGUACAAGCACAAUUUGGGGAACUAAGCCGCUAAAAAUGAGAAGAUGUAGCAAAUAAAAUCUUUGUCUGAUUGCAUAUUAGCCAUAAACUCAUAAUUUAUAAGUAUUCAAAUAUUUAUAAGAUACGUUUUUUUCGCCAAAUAAUAAAACUUAACCGACUGCAAUUAUAGUUUCUAUAAUCUAAUUAUUCUGUGGUAUCAGCCAUUGGUUCUUUGUUUGCUUUAAUGACUUUCGUUAUCACUAUUCACUUACGUGUCCACUUAUCGUCAAAUUCUACCCUAUCAAUUUAUUCGAACAGUUCUGAGUGGCUGCAAAAGUGAGAACUAAUCAUAAUGUAUCGAUAUAUUUAUGUACAAAUCUAAUAAGAUUUAAAAAAUAAAUAAAUAAUUUAAAAUAAGCUAAAAAAGAAUGUGGGACAGAUGAAAUCCCCCUAGUUUGUUUUAUAUACAUUUGUAAAAUGUAUAUAAAUGUUUAUGUACAUUUUGUAAAAAAUUGAAAUUGUGCCUAUAAGAGUAGAAGUCGAACACUCGGCCGCAGCCAAAAACUCGUUAAAAAAUUAUUAUCUCAAAGGGUAUUUAUUGAUUUCAAUGAUGAAACAAUGCCACUACUAUUAUUUGCUUUACUUUUACAAUAUAAUCUUCUUCUUGUUAAAAAUCCUACACGGUUAGUUUUUCGCAUACCUUCUUGUCGUCGACAUCGUGAACGAGAAAUUUUUUUUUUUUUUCAUUCUCUAUACUUAUAUGUCUGAUGUUCUGAAAUUCCCUUCAAACUAAUAUUGUCCCCUACUUGCGUAUUCUUUAUAACGGGUAUUUUGUAGAACCUUUUCUCUGUUCCGCGUAAACAAUAAACAUGACUUGUUUUUAUAGCGACCGCUAAAAACCGUUGGCUAUAAUAUUGAUGACUCGCUUGAUACUAUUGCAGGGUGGAACGCUCGUCUGACCAGGUUGUCAGGCCGCUGUACCAGGAGGCGCUGACCAAAUGGGUGGGCCAAAUACCGGACGACGUGAUCAGCGACAUGGUGAACAUAGCGCCUAUGUUAGCCACGUUGGGUUACGACCCGAUGGCGAAUCCGCCCACGUACGGUAUCCCGGAGGACGGGCAACACCAUCAGCUGUACGCGGACCAGCAACAGCAGGAGCAACAAGAACAACAGCAGUACGAAACGAGCGACGGUGGUGACGCGGAAGAUUCGAAACUGAAGAGGAAACGGAGGAGGAGAUAG